UGACCUUCGACCCUUGCCCUAAUUCAGAUUUUGGACACGAGGGUUUUAAAUCGUGUUCUGGCCGCCCCACGCGUUAGAAAACGUGUCAUGUAAAGUGUCGCGGUCGUACAAGUGCUGUGUCACGAUCGUACGUCUUCACAACGACCGACUGGUUUGGUAAGAUUCACACAGGGACAUGGAAGCGUUUAUAAACUUCAGUGCACAGACGAAAGGACGGGACAAGCUGUUCAGGACAGUGCAAUAUGGCAGUAUCUUCCUGCGUGCAGUACUCGGCAGUACAAACACUGAUGUUGUGGGCAAGAUGAAGAAACUGGAGUCUCAAGUCAGCAUGACCAGAAAAUUGAUGAGAUUCG